AUGCUACAAAAAAUUAAAAAAAGUAUUAAUAAUAAUUUUUGUAAAUUAAUAAGCACUAAAUAAGUUAAAAAGAAUUCAAGGAAUUAUACAAUAGAAUUAUUAUUUAUAGUAUUGUAAAAGUAUUAAAGUAGAGUAAAAAGUAAUACAAUAACAUAAUUAAUUGGAAAUGAUGACUUAAUUAUCAUGUUAUAAGCAUUAUAAUCAGAAAACUCUAUUGAAAUGUAUUUAUAAUAAGUUGUUUAAUUGAUGGGUGAAUAGAUAACAGUUUCAAUUUUAAAUAUUUAGUUUUUAUCAUUAACUUCCUAUUUACCUGAAUAUGGAUUAAUAUAAGAAUAUUUUGAAGAUAUUGAUGAUAUCUCAUAAUUUAAUACACUAUAUUAAUUAACUUUAAAUAUAAAUACAAAAUUAACAAAUAAUUUUAAUAUUGAAUUUGAGAAUAGACAUAUUUAGAAAAUAAAUGAUGAAAUAUUCUUAAUAACAUCAUCAAAUAUGUAAACUCAAUAUUUAAGUAAAAUAGCUUUAAUUUUAACUAAUGGAAUCAAUAGUUUAAGAUAGAAAUAUUUAGAGUUUUUCAAAUUCAUAAAAUGA